AUGCGUGCUCAGAAGGGGGAAGUUUGUCGGGUGGAAGUCGAGGAGUUCCAGCCACUUCUGUCAAUGGUCGGUCAUCUUGAACCUAAGAAAUUCGACUGUUCCUUUUCAAACGGCGAGGUGAUCUACUACCACGAGGGCAAUCCGUUAACAAACCAUGAUCACGUUCAGGUGACCAUAUUUUUUUUCCGAAACAAUAAUUCUGUCGUACAAACUGUGGAUGUGAUGGUCGACGUGGUGGACGAGCCCCCGGACCGUGUGACAAAAUCGAAUGAUACCGCUGCCCGGCUAAUUUCGGCACGGAUGCGGGACAAACAGACAAAUAGGGUGCAACGUGUGGAAAUCAUUCGUCAGGUGAAUGUGACCAGUUUGAAACCGACCAGUGAUAGUAUCAGUCCGGAAAUUCUGCGAAUCACUUAUGACCCAGUUGAAGAAGACUGUCGUCUGACUUACACGAGCCCCGAAUUCUGGACAGUGGAAACGGAGAGCCCCGAUUCAAGUGGGGCAAUCGGUCCAGAUGGAACAGUGUCUCCCCGAUUUGGUCUACCGUUGGCCGCAGGCAGUGCGGUCGGUGGAGCUCGACGUUGGCCAUUGUUUGGUCAACUGGUUGCAUUUAAUCGCAGCGCGGUUCCUUUUUUCGAUCACGACUGUCAGGAGGCGCUGCUUCAGGGUUAUCGUUAUAUGCACCGGAAAUCUGGCAGCCCGGCUACCGAUCAUAUACCGAUGCAAGUGAGAAUUUGGCGUCGUCUAGCCAAUGGAACACGUCAAGAACAAUGGCGCCAAGGGUUCUUUCUCCCAGUGUCUAUCGUCAACGGUCAACCACUCAAACGCCCAGUGGCUAGAACAUUCCGUCAGGUCAAUGUAUCCCAUAUCGGUGGUAGUCUAUCCAUAUUACCCCGAGACAGUAUCAGUGUGCCGCAUGAUGCAAGUCCCGGACUGGAAUACCUCGAUGUGAAUAUGACUCGAAUGCAGGGCCCGUUACAAGCCCAGGUUGUCAAUUUGCGCGAUCCAACUCGACCGGUAACCAGCUUCCGGUUGGCCGAUUUACGCAAUGGACUGGUUGCGUUACAGUUGUUGAAUUAUGCUGAAUCGCUGGUCAAGGUGUUUAUUAUCACAUUGACUGUGGUCGAUCCGUUCUUUCAAGUCAGUGAACCGAUCAAUUUGAGGAUUGCCACCUUCCUUCAACCGGUGAUUCCAAUCAGUUGGACAGGGGCAAAUAUGGCACGUACGCCCACAUUUCAAGUGUUCAGUCUGCCCCUGUUCACGUACACAGGGGCAAUAAGCCUGGUCCAAAAGCACAACAUUCAAGUGAGUUUGGAAUGUAUUUAUUUGUAG